AUGGUCUUCGGUUUGACGAUGCGAGGCAAAGGCCCGGUUCUAUUCAGGACCAGACCGUCGCUUAGGUCACGUCGUUCGGCUGGGCUGCGGUGGCUUGGAUGCGUUCUUUUUAUCCUUGUUACCCUCGAGGUCUUUUCUUACCUCUCCAGAUGCCCUGAAAUCUCCUUGGUGCGUCAGUGGCGCCCUUACUACCGACCCGCGGUUCUUCGACCUGGUCAAUAUCGGGAGACCACAGGCAUUUACCAUGUACUCGACAGUCCAACCCCCCAGGAUGUGACUGGAUUGGAUGAGAUGGGCCAUGUGAAUGAUCAAAGAGACGUGCGGUUCUAUCUUGGCGGGACUUUUACUCUCACAAGCUCCCAGCACCCGGGGCCCGAUUUACCUCAUCCCAAACCUUUCAUUUAUGACCCUUACCCGGCAUACAACAGCAGAAAAUGGAGCAAGCAGUAUUAUGGUCAUUUUCAGCCAUGUCUAGGACCCAGGGGCCGCAAUCUAGAUCGUGCUCGCUUCGAAGACAUGGUUCUUGUGUACAAAGGGAAACAGAUCGGAUUCCCUGAGUCUCGCUUUGGGUCCCACGAGGCAAUGGGUCUAGAUGGCGACGUUUGUACGGAUCGAUACUCACGAUUUGGGGCGUACGGCUAUGACGAUGAUAGCGAAGAAGACGUCCCUGGAUUUACCCGGCCGCCGAUAGUGCCUUGGUCCGAGGUCGACUGGAACCACCUGCAGACUCUCUGUCUGGAGAGAAACAGUGAUCGUUACAAACCAAACAGUGCAAUGAAUCAGUCCCAGCACCGCCCACUCUCAUUUGAGCUUCGGGAGCCGCCACGAAAGACGUACGAGCCGGGCACCACCUCUGGGGAAAGGCGAUAUCAUCCGCGAUCUGCGGUACUCAUUAGGGCAUGGCAUAGUAUGUUGUGGACGACAAACCAUAGGGAGUACCUUCGGGCUUUGAUUAUGGGGCUUUCUCUACACUCGGGGGCGGAAUAUGAGGUCUUUCUUCUGAUUCAUGUCAAAGAUGAUGAGCUUCCGAUCUUCUCGGAUAGGAAGACAGUGAGUGAGCUACGGACGUCGAUUCCUCCAGAGUUUCGAAACAUCUCGCUGUUCUUCAACAAUAAGCUGUUAGAGGCAUGGUAUCCUAGAAUCUCGGAGCACAGUCCAAUGCUGCAGCACCACCAGCCACUGCAAGUGUUCUCUCAGUUGUAUCCGAACUUCGAUUACUACUGGCAAUUUGAAAUGGAUGGUCGGCAUACGGGCAAUAUCUAUCAUUUCCUUGACAGAGCCAUCUCAUUCGCGAGGGAGCAGCCUCGAAAAUAUCUCUGGGAGCGAAACGCUUACUUCUACACCCCGGGCGCACACGGAAUAUGGGAAGAAUUCAAAGACAUGGUAAACGAAAGCCUUGCAGACCGAUCCGACAACACAGUAUGGGGUCCCGUCUAUGGCACAGGGAUUCGGCCCAUGGGGCCUGAUGCCCCAGUCGCGCUCGCCGAAGGCGACUCGUUCACCUGGGGUGUCGGGGAAGAAGCAGAUCUCAUCACCUUCCUCCCAAUCUUCAAUCCGAAGGACACGCAGUGGACAUUCCCAGACAAGAUUUGGAACUUCAAAUACGGCCUCGACACCCCCCGCCGUAGCGCAGUCAUCACGAUGGGCCGGUAUUCCCGUCGCUUGUUGGACUUGAUUCAUCACGCCCAAGCAACCCGCGGGCUGGGCCUGGCUUCUGAGAUGACCGGCGCCUCAUGGGCUUUGUAUCACGGCUUGAAAGCCGUGCAUGUCCCGCACCCAAUCUACGCGGAUGGCAUGUGGACGUCCCAAGAGUUGGCACGGAUUUAUAACCCCGGCACGCCCGAGAAUAUCAAUGGAGGGCCGGACAGCAUCUGGAACUGGGACCAUCUGUACGACCAUAUUAUGUACCGGCUUUCCUACAUGUUUACAACUCAUACCGCAGAGGACUUGUACAGGCGAUGGUUGGGGUUCAGGACGGCAGAGAACGAGGGGGGGAAGAGGUCUUCGGAAACUCGCUUUGGUCGACUUUGCUACCCAUCGAUGUUCCUCCAUACCAUCAAGAAUACGGAUAAAGGGAUAGGACAUGAUAAGGCAGUUCCAUGA